AUGUCCUCCCCAGUGCUAAUAAUCUCCAAUCCCUCAAGCGGCGACCGCACCGGCCCGCAGUUUCUCGCCGCGCACGUCCUGCCCCUGCUCGACGCUCACUCGAUCUCCUACUCGAUUCAAACGACCACAAGGCCCGAGCAUGCCGGGGAACUCGCACUCGCUUUCCUCUCCUCCCUAGCUGCUGAUGGAGCAGCGACGAUCAUCAUCGCCGGUGGUGAUGGGACGCUACACGAAGUCGUCAACGCCCUCCACCCCUCGGGGGAAAAGUCGAACGGACCAAAGGACAUUCGGUUCGUCCUCCUCCCCUUAGGGACAGCCAACGCGCUAUACCAUUCCUACUUCCCCCCCUCUCUCCGUUUUAAAGCAGAAGACUACCCGCAGCUAUCGUCUGUACCCGUGGAUAUCCAGCCAAAGCUGCUCUCUCUCGCUUGUUUCCUAGGCGGCAGCACGGGCAAGUGCCACCGGCUCACCCUCGCCUGCACGACGUUCUACCCCGGCCCCAAUGGCCUCAAAGCCCCAGAACCGGUCAUCUCCUGCGUAGUCACCUCCACAGCGCUGCACGCUGCGAUCCUACACGAUGCUGAAUCCCUGCGCACGCAGUAUCCGGGAGUAGAGAGGUUCAAGCACGCAGCGGAGAGGAACAUCUCGAAAUGGUACGAGGCGCGGGCGUGGGUACUCCCCCUGCCUGGAGGGAAGGUGCAGCUGUACGACCCCACCCUGGGGGAGUUCGCAGAUCUGGAUGUGGAUAAGGAGGAAGAGACGGAGUACGACGAGCCCUUUGCCUACUUCCUCAGCACGGUCAACGUCGAUCGGCUCGAGGCGGCAUUCCGGAUCGCUCCUCUGCAGCGGUCGCACCCGCCAAGGGAUCCAAGCAUGGACCUCCUCCUGAUAAGGCCGAAACGAGACCCGGGGUUUGGAAAGGAUCUUACUGGCGCAAGGGCAGCGUUUGGGGGGAAGGUUUUCCGGGUUAUGUACGGUGCGUAUGGGGAUGGGGCGCAUGUUGGAUACCGGUACGAUGGGGAAGGGGAGGUCGGGGAAGGAGGAGAGGGGAGAACGGUGGUCGAGUACUUUAGGUGCGGAGGGUGGGAAUGGGAGCCUGAGGGCGUUGAUGAGAAUGCGCAUCUGGUCUGUGCCGAUGGGACGAUCGUUAAGAUACCAGAGGGUGGUAAGGCGGUCUGGAAUCUCCGCCCUCGCGCUCGCACACUCGCCUCCACCGUCCUGCUCAGCAGGAGCGCCGCAGAUUGGCGAACAGAGCCCGUCUCUAAGUUGAAGGAUGAACUCCGCAAGCGCGGCUUAGCGUUAUCAGGGAAUAAGGGCGCUCUUGUCACUCGACUGGUACAAGCCGACCAUGCACGGGAACUCGCCUCCCUCUCCUCAUCGCGGGACGCAGCAGCGCUUGUCGUCCCUCCCGCCCCUCCCCUGCCGACGACGCUCACACCCAGUCCGCGCACAGUAGCCACCACCGCCCGUGUCCGAGCUACAGAGAGUCUAGAGAGGGACAAGUUCUCCCCCCGUCCGUUUGCUUAUGCUUUCCAGCUUCCCCCGGCCGAGCCGGAUCAUGAAGAGCCCGGGCCAAACAUCCCGUACCUCGCCGACAGUUGGGGUUCUCAAGCCUUCGAAUCCGCCUCCCCGCCCCAGCCGCCCGAGUCAUCCGAGCCCAAAGUGCUCACCGUCGCUUCGGUCUCGACGCACCUCUCGGGUGGCCCCAUCUCGAACCUGUUCGAGAUCUCCGACCGCCCUGAUAUGGGCAGCAGCAGCAGCGCCGGCAUUCAGAGCGCGAGCCAGAGGGCGGUCAGCCACGCUUCAGGCUUGUUGGAGAGUGUGGGCGAGGCUGUAGGAGGUUGGGGGUUCCCCAGUGAUGUAUUAGGCUUGCCGGAGGUGAAAGAGGAGAAUAAUAAGAAGGAGAGGAUGAGGGAGAUGAGCCGGGAGGAGGCGGGGGGUCUGUGGGCUGUGGGAGGGAUAUUGGCCGGAGGCUGGUUGUUGGGCGCUAUCUUUACUCCUAAGAAGGUUGAACAUGAGGGAAAACAUUGACCGGGACAUGGAAAUGUAGAUAGGAACUUGUGUGCUUGAACUAGCUGUAUGACCCGCGUAUUGCUAGACGUAUUAUUAUUCUCUUUC